AUGGCCAAGCUUGAGGCAGAGAUUGAGUCUCUCGGGGCGACUUUGGACCUGAGCUAUGGUCGAGAGCAUUCCGCCUUCAACAUGACCAUGUUCAAGGGAGACAUUGCGCAGGGCGUCGACAUUCUGGCAGACAUGGUCACUGCUCCCGCCCUGGGCAACCUGGCGAAGGAGAAGCAGGGGAUCCUGCGCAAGCUCGAGGAAGCAGAGCAGCCAACUCGCCAAGUUAUUGAUGACAGGCUUCAUGCGUGUGCCUUCCGCGACUACUCUCUGGGAUUCUCCACGGUUGGGCCGUUUGAAGGCAUUGAGACGCUGUCUCAGGAGCAGCUGAAAAAGCACCAUGAGACCAACUUCACAGCGGACAAAAUGGUUCUUGCAGCUUCUGGCGCCGUGAAGCACGAGGAGCUUGUCAAGCUGGCCGAGAAAGCUCUCGGCGGUGUCAAGGCUGCCCCUGCCCGGGUGUACACCACCAAGCCUUACUUCUGUGGUGCACAGCUCCUCUACCGCAACGAUGAGAUGGGACCCCUGGCCUACAUCUCGACUGGUUGGGAGGCGGUUCCUUGGAAGAGUCCAGAUGCCGUCACUUUCAUGGUGAUGCAAGCGAUUAUUGGCACCUAUAAGAAGAACGCUGGGCUGGUUCCUGGCAGCAUUUCCGGAAACCGCGUCACGAAUUCCGUGGCCAACAAGAUGGGCGUGGGUUGCGCCGAGGAGUAUGAGGCCUUCAUGCACUUCUACAAAGACACCGGCGUGUUCGGCUGGUACAUCGUCUGCGAUGAGGUCGCUGUAGAGCAUGCCAUCGGCGAGCUGAUGUUCGGCUUCAACUUGCUGUCCUUCUCCGUGACUGAUGAGGAGGUGGAACGAGCAAAGCGAGAACUCAAAGCCACCCUGGUCAACGGCUCUGGCAGCACUCGGGACAGCUGCAACCAGGUGGGCAAGGAAGUCUUGGCCUACGGUCGGGGUGUUCCCCCUGCAGAGAUGAUGCUCCGAAUCGAUGCUGUCGAUGCUGAGGAGGUCAAGCGAGUCGCGUACAAGUACCUGAACGAUCAGGAGAUCUCCGUGACGGCCCUCGGCCCACUGCACGGGAUGCCAGAGCUCUACAUCAUGCGCCAGGCUACCGGGAUGGUUCGUUAUUAG